AUGAUACAUAAAUGUUUUCUUAAAUUAAUUAAACGAAUUGAUGUACACUAUGAUGAUCGAUAUGAUUGGGAAUCUGAUUUACAACUUCAAUAUGUGUUAAAGCAUCGAAAAAAACGACCAGAAUAUGAGCAUGCUGAAGAAUUUUUUGCAUCUGAUCCAAUCAAAGUAAAUGGACCACCACCAGCUGAAUUAAAUAUGCGUCGAAGUAAUGAAUGA